AGAUUAAGGAGAUUCACCUUGAGGGGCGCCAUUUUGGCUCCUGAAUGUGAGCUGUCUUCAUGACAAGCAGCAUGUUUGCUCUGCCUGAAGGUGACUGACUGCAGGAGUGAAUGAAUUCAGCUGGAAUGUCUUCGUGGCGUGUAUUGAGGAGGGCGCUUUGCACAGCGGUGGAGACAGCAGCGGCUCCGGUCACCGGCAGUAGAUGGGAAAGACUGAAGAAGAGCAAAGCCGCUGUGUGGUGCCGCGGCCUUCUUACUGACUACAAGGAGGCGUGUCGGGAGGUGGUCGUGGGUUCAAGAGAGCGACCAAUCAAAGCCUCAAUAUACUUCUCUCUGCUGGGCGGGACCUGGGCCUGUUUCUACACCCGACCCGACAAGCAGGCUUUCGAAGCUACCCUGCUGGAUUGCUCUGGCCAGCUAGGCUUGCUGUCGCCCUGGAUUCGCAACGGGACUUCGGACGGACAUAUACAGAGUCUGGUGAAGCUUCGUAACGAGGGCCGGCUCCGUGUCGUCAGCCUGGGGCUCCUCUCUCUGGUUUACCAAGCCGACUAUGACCCCGACGCCACACUGUACGAAGCGGAGUGCUCUAAUCUGUCCGUCCCCUGGAGGGAGCUCCAUGAACGCGUGCUUGAUGUGGGCUUCGUGGGCAGGUGGUGGGUGCUGGCCUCAAAGAUGAAGGACUAUGAUGUGAACGAGGAAGCGUUCAAGGGCCUGCCAGCACACAUGCAGGCGACAUCUCCACCCAGUGUACAGGAGGUGGAGACGAGCGAGAGGCUGCACAAAGAGUCGUGGCUACCACUCGCAGUGGAAGAGGAGGAGACGGAGACAAAUAUAGCGGACAGAAAAGAGGAGAGUGUCGGGGACGACAGCCAAAUGCACGCCCUGAAAGAGGAACAGAUUCAAGCCUAAAAUCAAAAGAGUUUGAAAGCUAACUGUACCAGGGUACUUAUUCUCAUUUAUUUUGUCUACCAACCCCUUUUAGUUUGCAUUUUUCACCUACAGACUCUCUGAACUGUUUACUGCAACCACAAAUCACCAGGGAAAAGGAAAUAUCCACAUCAUUUUCCCAUCAAAGUAAAAGCAGCCUUUCAAAAAAUCCUUGUUUUUUUAUUUAUUCCCAACCAUUUUUUUCAUCACAAAGUAAUGCAAAUAAUUUUUACCAUGUUUCAAUAAAUCAGUCAGUUAUCACCUCA